CAUCUGUGCCAGGGCUCUGGGCUCAGGAGGAGGAGAAGCAGCUCCGGCAGCGCUAGGAAGGAAGGAGGCAAGGCAGGCAGGGGAGCUGCUCUCCUCAAGCCGUCCGUCGGCAGCGGGGGAAGCGGCAUGCAGCUGGCAGGGGGCAGCCGGCUUUUCUCAGGAGAGCGAUGGAGAUCUGCUAUCUGACAAUGCCUGGGUGAGAGGAGGGGAGGAAAAGAAGCAGCCAGCCAACCCCACCACCAGCCGCCACCACCACUGUCACCACCAGCACCACCACCACCACCACCUCCUCCUCUCUCUGCAUUGUUGCUCGCAUCUGCUCCGCCGUACUCUGUAUUGGAUGGAUCUGUGGUGAGACCCAGCCGGAUCCACCUGCAAAACCCAACAACAUUUCAAUAGGGAGAGGACGAAGAAGAAAAAGAAGAAGAAAGAAGAGGAAGAAGAGAGAGAGGGAGGGAUAGUGGACGAGCGAAAGCGGGAGGGAGAGAGAAAGGAAGGCAAGAAAAUCCCCCCCCAAUCUUUUAAGUCAAUGCAUAUUGUGGUGACACUGGCAACGGAGCCCUCACGGUGGAGUCGGCCAGGGCUGUGCGUUCCCAAAAUAUGACCAGGGGUGCUUGGAUGUGCAGUCGGCAGUACGAUGACGGCCUAAAAAUUUGCUUUGCACCCCGGGAGAACGAGAAACCCUUCACUGAUUCAGAGAGGGCUCAGAAAUGGCGACUGUCCCUGGCAUCGCUCUUGUUUUUCACAGUCCUGCUCUCUGAUCACUUGUGGUUCUGUGCCGAAGCCAAACUCACCAGGACCAGAGACAAGGAGCAGCAGCAGCAGCAGCCCGAGCAUCCGGAGCGGGAGCUACUCUCUAGCAUGGGGGAGCCCUCGCCUGCAGCACAGGCGGCCCAUAGACUCCUCUCCUCCUCAUUACCCACCUUGCCUCCCUCCCCCAGCAGCUGCAGCAGCGGUGGCAGCAGCAACAAUAAUAACAAUAACAACAACAACAAAGCUAUUUUUCUAGGGAACUCUACCAAACCUUUUUGGCGCCUGGAGACGUGUUACCCGCAGAGCUCCGCAUCUGGCCAGUGUUUCAGCGUGGAGGAUGCGGACUACGUGUGCCGGAGGAGAUGGAGCCGGGAGCAGCAGGUGACGGGGAAUCAUCCGACUCCGAGCUGGAACUUCACGGAUUUUUACCUUUCCUUUUGUAAUUCCUACACCCUUUGGGAGUUGUUCACCGGGUUGUCCAAUCCGGACACUUUGAACUGCAGUCUGGAUGUGGUGCUGGAGGGGGAAGGCUCCUGCAGCCAGUGCGUCCAGGCUUACCAGCGCUACGACCAGCACGCUCAGGAGAAAUACGAAGAGUUUGAGGUUAUGCUCCAGAAAUAUUUACAAUCGGAUGAAUACUCGGUGAAUUCGUGUCCUGAGGAUUGUAAGGACUUUCUCCAUCUGCCCGUUCUGUAUCUACCAGCAGAGACUUUCCCCUUGACAACAGAACCACAUGCUGUCACUGAAGAGUCCCCGGACAUUAAAGAUGUUUGAGCAGAUUGAAAGAGAGAGCAUGAGGCAACAGCUGCUCUCUGUGAAGUUCAGUAAAGCAGAGACAGCAGUGAAGCAGAAACCUCUGUUUGAUCCCAAGUCCUUUUCCCUCUCCACCAUCAUCUACUUCAUCUCAGACUGAGAGGCCUGUUUCUUGCAGCUGUCUGAAAUGAGCAAUUAUCAUACACAGAGGCCCAGAGGAUGAUUACAAAAGAAAAAGCUCCUUAUCUGACAUGAUGGAUUAACAAUGGGGCAGGAGGACAUAAAAAUUCAAUUCACAGUAUGAGAUGGAAAGACUUUCAGAAAAACCAGGUCCUAGUGUGUGGCCCCUGGAUGGUAUCACCUUCGUAUUUUGGAAGCUCCCUAUCAAAACUCAUGUCCCAAAGGAAAUGCUGAAAGAGAACAUUGGCAAGAAUAUCACAAGAUACGAC